AGUUAUUUUGGACUUAUGCUUCCCAGUUUCGUUCUUUCCAAGAUACCCGCUUCGCUUCUCUUCAUUUUACUUUGCAACCUUCAAACCCUUUCUAGCCACACACAAAAGUCAGCCUGCGGCCGCUCCGCAGCAGCUCGCCACCCACCCUGGGUCCAGCGGUGCAAUCACCAUACACGAUUAGGUGAGAGAGCAAUGUUCAGAAGCGUGCCUUUGCUUUCUAAACUGCACGCUCGAAUUGGCAAGCCGUACCAUCUCAAUAAUUCCAUUAGAUGGUUUCAUGUACUGAGUUCCUCGAAUCUAGUCAAUUGUGAAAUUGCAUCAUAUUCUGAACCCAUAUAUAACAAUUGCCGAGAAUUAACCAGUGGAUUCUUGCCAAAGACGUAUUCUACAUCCUGUGCUGCCUUGUCACAUGAUACUCUGAAAGAUAAUCCUGUUUCCGAUAUGUUAGUUGAUUCAUUUGGGAGGCUGCACACUUAUUUGAGGAUCUCCUUGACAGAACGUUGCAAUCUGCGAUGUCAGUACUGUAUGCCAGCAGAGGGUGUGGAGCUCACUCCUGGUCCUCGGCUACUCUCCCAGAAUGAAAUUGUUCGACUGGCAAAUCUGUUUGUAAGUUCUGGAGUGGACAAAAUUCGUUUGACAGGGGGGGAGCCAACCAUUAGGAAGGAUAUUGAAGAAAUUUGUCUGCAGCUAUCUAACUUGAAGGGACUGAAAACGUUGGCCAUGACGACAAAUGGAAUUACUCUCUCGAAAAAACUUUCAAAACUGAAAGAAUGUGGGCUUUCUGCCUUAAAUAUCAGUUUAGAUACAUUAGUCCCAUCAAAGUUUGAAUUCAUGACUCGGCGCAAAGGGCAUGAAAGGGUUAUGGAAUCAAUUAAUACUGCUAUAGCCCUUGGAUACAAUCCUGUGAAGGUCAAUUGUGUUGUAAUGCGUGGAUUCAAUGAUGAUGAGAUUUUGGAUUUCAUAGAGUUAACACGUGAAAGGCCAAUUAAUAUUAGAUUCAUUGAGUUCAUGCCUUUUGAUGGGAAUGUUUGGAAUGUCAAGAAACUUGUACCCUAUUCUGAAAUGCUGGAUAGAGUGGUAAAGGAGUACCCAGACUUAAAGAGACUUCAGGACCACCCAACAGAUACAGCAAAGAAUUUCAGAAUAGAGGGGCAUUGUGGUACGAUUUCUUUUAUAACCUCAAUGACUGAGCAUUUUUGUGCUGGAUGCAAUAGAUUACGACUUUUGGCAGAUGGGAACUUCAAAGUUUGCUUGUUUGGUCCUUCAGAGGUUGGCUUAAGAGAUCCUCUUCGCCGUGGUGCUGAUGAUCAUGAGCUCAAGGAAAUAAUUGGGGCAGCGGUGAAGAAAAAGAAAGCUUCACAUGCUGGAAUGUAUGACAUUGCAAGAACAGCAAAUAGGCCUAUGAUACAUAUUGGAGGCUAAAUUUUGGACUGUGCAUCCUAGCAAAUUAACAUCCAAGCAAAUUCAGUGAGUCAUUUGCUGAUGAAGAACUCGACAUCUAACGUGUUACCUUUUGAAGGCCCUGGUCCCUUUCUUAGCAUUACACCAUACCUCUCUUCUGUAAUUUAUCUUCAUGUUUGUUUUUUAUUGUAAGAAGGAACACUGCACUAAUUCUGUCGUCUGUUAUUUUAAAUUAUGCAUACAAAAUACGUUAUUAUCAUGUUCAUAAUACUCUUCAAGGUAAGAGAGUGCAACUUCAAAGUCCGAUAGAAAGAAGCAAAUCAAAAGUAAUUAAUCCUAA